AUGAAGAGAGAGAGGGAGAAGAAGAGUGUUACUCAGGAGCUGGCAGAGGAGGGAAUUGAGGCCUUGUUCAGGUCUCAAAUGCACUCCAUGAUUCAGGACAUUGAGGAGACAGCCCUGCUCUCUGAGCAUGCCAAUCUGCUUGCUGCUGAGAUGGAACCUGAGACAGCAGACCAGGAAAUGCGGGAUUUUGAGGCACAGGUUGACCUGGCUGAAGAAGAGCAGCAGGAACCCUUCUCUGAGAAGGCAGCAGAGGGAGAUUUUGAGAUGAUUAUCACCUCAGAUGAGAAGGAGAAGAAGAAGAAUGAGAAUGAGAAGUGA